UUGGAGUCAGCUACAGUAUGCAUUGAAAUUCAUGACGAUACCACUUGCAGUUAUCCUACUAGCGCUUUGUAUACUCUGGACGGCAAAAUCCACAAAUUUAUUGGACAUCAUGCAGCACAAACAGUUCUGGAGUUGAUCGACAAUGCUUUAAAUCCAGCUGUCGAUGAAUUGACUCCUGAUCAGUUUGUUCAACUUGUUGAUGGACGCAGUAGUGAUGAAACUUGGGUGGUAGACUUCUUUGCUCCUUGGUGCGGACCCUGUCAACAGCUAGCACCAGAGCUGCAAAAAGCAGCGCGUGCCCUUCGCGAUUAUGAUGAAAAAGUGCAUGUGGGCUCGGUCGAUUGUCAGGCUUACUCGCAGUUUUGUGGUCAACAAGGUGUCAACUCUUACCCAACUGUCCGGCUAUAUCCUGCAGUGAAUACCAAGCGGAGGAUGCAAGCAUACUAGUA